GUUGUAUUUGCAGCUAACUUAGCAGCAGAGGUUGACAGUUAUUUUCCAUGUUAUGUUCGUCUGAGUUGACAACAUAGCUGACAACGCCAUCGAGUUGUACGCCGCCUUAAAACAUUCAUUGAUCGUAAUAUUCUGUUGUACUUUUACAAUUAAUAAACUUAAGAAUGUCUGAAUUUGGAGAUAAUUUCGAAAUAGAUCCGGCUGCUGAAUUUUUAGCUAGAGAACAGAGUGAAUUAGCAGGCUUGGAGGAUGAAGUAAAACCAGCUGCAGUUUUUGUUCCCGGAUUUACAGCAGAAGAGCCAACCACAAACAGUCUAAAAGAGCAUUCAGAAAGCUUUGAAAUGAUAAAUGGAGUGGACCAUGAUAAUGUUGAAAUUCCAAAAGAGGAAUUUAGUGAAGACAAUGAUAGCCAGUCAGGGAUUUCAGUAAAGGAAGAUUUUAAUGGUACAAAGGCAAAGGAAGAUUUAAAUGUUACAAGGACAAGGGAAGAGCCUGAAAAGAUAAAAAAGUGGAGAGAAGAACAACAAAAGAGACUAGAAGAAAAAGAUAAGGAAGAAGAACUGAAGAAAGAAGAAUGGCGUGCAAUCGCGAAGAAGGAAUUGGAAGAUUGGUAUAAAAAUCAUGAAGAACUUAUUGCAAAGACUAAAGCAGCCAAUAGAAAUGCUGAAAAGUUAUUCGUCGCUGAAGACGAUCAAAUGGAGCCCGGUACGGAAUGGGAAAGGAUAGCGAAAUUGUGCGAUUUUAGUCCUAAAGUAAGCAAAAGUAGUAAAGACGUUUCGCGUAUGCGCUCUAUAAUUCUGCAACUGAAGCAAUCCGGCGUACCCAUCAAACAAAAUGCGAAAUAAAUUUCAUAAACAUAUUAAUAAAAAAACCGCUACUACUGUUAACAGUAUCCUGAUUAAAAAGAAUUACAAACCUUGUAUAUUAUUUGUAAUGUUAGAUAUCUAAUAAUUAUAUUUAGAAGUACAAUAUAGAUAUAAUUUUUAUUCUCUAGAAUAUACCACUGAGUUGUCUGCUUGUGCAGAAGUUUAAAAAUUACUUUAUAUGUUUUUCCAUUGUUUUUCAUUAAAAUGAUAUUAAAAAUUAAAA